ACGAUCAUGAUGAUUCGUACUCAAGACUGCGACCCGUUGGAUGGAAUUUGGCGGCAAUUGCUGGCAGAUACAUCCCCGAAAAACGCCGUAGAUGGCGGUAGUAUUAUUACUUAGUGGCGACGAUGAAAGUAAUGACAACGUGGCCAAAUACGAGGAGAAGGAAGGAGGAAGAAAGAGCAGCAAAGAGGAGAAAGGGAGGAAGGAGGAGGAAACAGGAGGAAGUGAGGAGGGAGGCAGGAAGGAGGAGAAGGAGGGAGUAGGAGAAAGGAGGGAGGAAGAAGGAGGACGGAGGGAGGAGGAGGAGAAGGAGGAGGAGGAGGGAGUCAGGAGGGAGUCAGGAGGGAGGAGGGAGGAGGAGGGAGGAGGGAGGAGGGAGGAGGAGGAGGAAGGAAAGAAGGAGGAAGGACGAGGCGGAGGCGGAGGAGGGGAAGAGAGGACAGAGGAGAGAGGAGGGAGAGGAGGGAGGAGGGAGAAGGGGAAGGGGAGGGGGGAGGAUGGAGUCAAGAGGGAGGAGAGAGGAGGGAGGAAGGACGCAAGAGGGAGGAUUAUAUCGGUGAUGUCAACGACAAUGAUCGACGCGGACCUCUGCAGUGAGGACAAUGACUGAUGAUGAUCUGCGAACUGCCGACAGCGGCGUACUGACACUUCAUCUUUUCUCGACCGAUCUAUGGACGUAUUCACGGGC